AUCGUUCUUAAACAUUACAACUCCAAUUCGUUACAUUCGCCGUUGACGUCCGUCAGGUAACCACUCUAUUUACAGAAUUACCCCUCUCAACCUUCCUCUAGCAAAAUCACCUCUCUCUCUCUCUCGCUGUAUCUCUCUCAAAUCACCUCCUCCAGCUCUCACCGCCACUAUCACCCUUCUCUCUCCUGUAAAAGAGCCAUAUUUGAUUUUGGAGAUCCUGCAAAUGUUUCCUAGUUCUCGUGAAUGAUUGGCAUCAUGGAUUUAAAUGCCCCUCCUCUACCAGAGGACGACGAAGAUUCGUUUGAACAGCAUGUUGAAGGAUAUAGUGCAUUAGAGAAACAUACUGAACAUGUGAAUCACUCGGAUCAUGUUGAGAGUGCAGUUGAUAUAUUACGAAGGGAACGUGAAGAAAGACGUCAGCGCCUUAAAAGAGACCGACCAGAUGACAGACCAAUGAUUGCAUCUCAGCUACCUAGGAACGACCAGAUUUAUCAAACAAAGCACCAUAAACCUUCUGAUAGAAACAAGCUUCCUCCGGGUUGGUUGGAUUGCCCUGCAGCGGGUCAUGAGAUUGGGUGCAUAAUUCCAUCAAAAGUUCCGCUUGGUGAAGCCUUUAAUGACUCUGUUCUGCCUGGAAAAAGAUACUCUUCUAGGCAAGUGAUACAUCAGCAAAGAGUUUUAGGAAGAAAGCUUGGUUUAGUAAUCGAUCUUACGAAUACUAGUCGUUACUACUUAGUCACUGAUUGGAAGAAAGAAGGCAUCAAGCAUGUUAAGAUUUCUUGCAAGGGGCGGGAUUCUGUACCCGACAAUGAUGCUGUAAAUCAAUUUGUCUAUGAGGUUUCACAAUUUGUUGUCCGACAAAAGCAGUCGAAGAAGUAUAUUCUUGUCCACUGUACACAUGGGCAUAACCGCACAGGUUUCAUGAUAGUUCAUUAUCUUAUGCGUGCACUACCUAUAUCAGUCACUCAGGCUCUUAAAAUAUUUGCUGAAGCGCGUCCACCGGGAAUAUACAAACCAGACUAUAUUGAUGCAUUGUAUACCUUUUAUCACGAGAGGAAGCCUGAUGCUGCUGUUUGUCCUCCAACUCCGGAAUGGAAAAGAACUACAGAAUUGGAUCUGAAUGGUGAUGCAAUGCCAGACGAGGAUGAUGAUGGAGCUCCAGCUUCUCCAUUACAUGAGAAUCAUGAGAUAGAGGGACCAAUGACAAAUGAUGAUGUUUUGGGAGAUAGUAUCCCUUCUGACCAGCAAGAAGCAAUGAGACAGUUUUGCUAUAAAUCACUGAAAAUGGCGUCUGGGGUAAGAGGUCACUCACAGUUUCCAGGAUCACAUCCAGUUUCACUCAACAGUGACAACUUAGAACUGUUAAAGCAACGUUACUAUUACGCUACGUGGAAAGCUGAUGGAACACGAUAUAUGAUGCUGAUCACCAUGGAUGGGUGUUACUUAAUUGAUAGAAAUUUCACCUUUCGACGGGUCCAAAUGAGGUUUCCUUGCAAGCCUACUAGCGAAGGUGUAGCAGAUAAGACUCACCACUUCACACUACUUGACGGGGAGAUGAUAAUUGAUACUUUGCCAGACUCACAUAAGCAGGAAAGAAGAUAUCUGAUAUAUGAUAUGAUGGCAAUCAAUCAAGUCUCUAUUACAGAGCGACCCUUCUAUGAACGUUGGAAGAUGCUUGAGAAAGAAGUUAUCGAACCCCGGAACCAUGAGCGCCAUAAUAUUUAUCAAAGUAGAAAUCCUUACUACAGAUAUGACCUGGAACCAUUCAGGGUUAGAAGGAAGGACUUUUGGCUGCUUUCAACUGUUACCAAAGUUUUGAAGGAAUUUAUUCCAAAGCUUUCGCAUGAUGCAGAUGGCCUUGUUUUUCAGUGUUGGGAUGAUCCUUAUGUCCCUCGUACGCAUGAAGGACUUCUGAAGUGGAAAUAUGCAACAAUGAACUCAGUUGACUUUUUGUUUGAGAUGGUUGAUACUCGCCAGCUACUAUAUCUAUAUGAGCGUGGAAAGAAAAAGCUGAUGGAAGGGAACAAGAUUGUUUUCAAGGAUGAUACUGAUCUAUCCUCAUACUCUGGUAAGAUUGUUGAGUGUUCUUGGGACUCUGAGGAAGAAGUCUGGGUCUUUAUGCGGAUUAGGCCUGACAAAUCAACCCCUAAUGAUAUCAACACGUACAGAAAGGUUCUAAGGAGUAUAAAGGACAACAUCACCGAGGAAGUUCUUUUAAAUGAGAUAGAUGAGAUUAUUCGCCUGCCGAUGUAUGCUGAUAGGAUAAGAAGUGAUAGCAAAGCGGCUAAUUCAGCAAGGCGCAGAUGAUGGGUUUACACAGGGACUGGACAGUGGUAUUCACUCAGCAGUAUCAGAAGCUAGCAUUAGUACACAACCCUAUUCAGGUGUACGUUUAUACUUGUGCACAGUUCUUGAGUUAUUACUUCUUAGGCACUGUAGUACUGGCUAGUGCCAGGGCCUAUGAGAAAAAUAGUAUAUACAAGUUAUUGUGCAAGUGGUUGCCCAUUGAAGUUCUGUAAGUAUGUCAACUUUUGAGUUGCACCUAAUUAGCCGCUUCAUAUCUGAAGUUCUUUCUGAUGUUUUUGUCAGAUAAAAGUAACUAGCAGUAGGAUCACCAUGUAUAUCAGCUUUAAUUAGAGUACUUUUACUUCUAGUAUAUUUUAUAAAAUUAGAAAUUUGCCCUU